GCUCUGCUCGUCCCAGGGGUGGCGGGUGCCGCGGGGCUCGUGUGCACACCCCAGCCUGGCCGCGACCUCGGCGACCUCGUCGGUGGUCCAGCCCUGCUGGGACGCCUGCUCCAGCACACGGAAGCAAGGAAGAGCCUGACCGUGGCACAGGGCGCCAUGAAGGUCGAGCUGCUGCCGGCGCUGACCGACAACUACAUGUACCUGAUCAUCGACACCAACUCCAGGGAGGCCGCCGUGGUGGACCCCGUGCAGCCCCAGAAGGUCGUGGAGACGGUGAGAAAGCAGGGCGUGAAGCUGACCACGGUGCUCACCACCCACCACCACUGGGACCAUGCUGGCGGGAACGAGAAGCUGGUCAAGCUGGAGCCAGGGCUGAAGGUGUAUGGGGGUGAUGACCGGAUCGGGGCCCUGACCCACAAGGCCACGCACCUGCUCACCCUGCAGGUGGGGUCUCUGAGCGUCAAGUGCCUGUCCACGCCCUGCCACACCUCGGGCCACAUCUGCUACCUCGUGAGCAAGCCGGGCAGCGCUGAGCCCCCCGCCGUGUUCACAGGCGACACCCUGUUCGUGGCGGGCUGCGGGAAGUUCUACGAAGGCACGGCGGACCAGAUGCACAAGGCCCUCCUCGAGGUGCUGGGCCGGCUCCCUCCAGACACGAGAGUGUACUGCGGCCACGAGUACACCGUCAGCAACCUCCAGUUCGCGCGCCACGUGGAGCCCAACAACACCGCCGUGCGGGAGAAGCUGGCCUGGGCCAAGGAGAAGCACAGCGUCGGGGAGCCCACGGUGCCCUCCACCAUCGCCGAGGAGUUCACCUACAACCCCUUCAUGCGGGUGAGGGAGAAGACGGUGCAGCAGCACGCCGGGGAGUCGGACCCGGUGGCGGCCAUGCGCUCCAUCCGCCGCGAGAAGGACCACUUCAAGGCGCCCUCCGACUGAGGCGCUGCCCCUGGCCGCCCCCGCGCGCACUGUGGGGCGCCCCAGCCUUAGGUAACUGACUUCCAGCGAGGAGUGCCGGCAAUUCCUUGGUUCCAUUUUAAAUUAACUUCGAGCCCUUGAGCCCUCCGCGUGUGCCAUCGCGUCUUCUAACGCGCCAGUGCGGGAAGCCGAGCGCGUCUGUGCCUCUGACCGUGGCUCCCGCCUUUUCCAGGAGCC